UCCCAACAUGCAAAGCAUAUUAAAGGCGCAAGUCUUGUUUUCGUUUUGCUCCUGCUGGUCCCCACGUGGAUGGAAGAUGGCUGCGUUUGCGGACCUGAAUAUUCUCUACUUGCCGGAGAAAGAAGCAUUGCAGAAAUUGGUGGAGGCUGCAGCGCACCUUGGCUAUUCAGCUGUAGCAAUCAAUUACAUUGUUAACUAUGAAGAAAAGAAAAAAGAAAUUGUCAAGCCAAUAACUCCUGCAGAACUGUUUCCAUCCUUACCUCUUGUACAGGGGAAAUCCAAGCCAAUUAAGAUUUUAUCAAGGCUGACGCUAGUGGUUUCUGAUCCAUCCCACUGCAACGUUCUAAGAGCGACAUCCACAAAUAUCAAAUAUUAUGAUAUCUUUGCUGUAUUUCCUAAGAAUGCAAAACUCUUUCACGUGGCAUGCACAACCUUAGAUGUAGACUUGGUGUGUGUUGAUGUGACAGAAAAGCUGCCCUUCUUCAUCAAGAGACCAUCUGUCAAUGUGGCAAUAGAGCGAGGGAUCUACUUUGAACUUAUUUAUGUUCCUGCCAUCAAAGACUCCACAAUGCGACGGUACACAAUCUCGAAUGCCUGCAGCCUGAUGCAGAUCUGCCGUGGAAAGAAUAUUAUUCUGUCCAGUGGAGCUGAAAAGCCUAUCCAAUUGCGAAGUCCAUAUGAUGUGGCUAAUUUAGGUUGGUUGUUUGGCCUUUCAGAAAGCAACGGCAAGGCAACUGUUUCAACCAACAGCCGAGCCGUCCUUCUUCACGGAGAAGCCAGGAAGACUGCCUCCGGAGUGGUGUAUACAGUGAAGAAAUCUCAAACUCCAGAAGAAAAAGAUGAUGAUGAUGAUGCUCCACUUAGUAAAAAAGCCAAGAAAGAUUUGUGAAGUACAAGUUUAUCUCUCUAACAUCCAACAUCAGACCAAACCUCCAUGCUGUCGUAUCUUAGGAUGGCUAAUGAAGAGGAAGGAUCCUUACCACUUAAAUAGAGACAUAAGUAUAUACCUAGGUGAACUCUCUGUAUGGACCUUAGAAACAAUAUAUGAUGCUCCUUGAAUAUUAUCCGGUGAAAAAUGGCAAUAUAACACUUGAAAGAAAUGGGAGGACAUAUA